AUGCUGAAGGGUCAUCAUGCAUAUCAUGAUCCCAAUGACAGACCCAGAGAAGUCCCUGAGGACAAGGAUGAGGAUGAGGAGGAUGAGGACAAGCAGGAGGAGGAGGCAAUCGAUCCUGACAAGCAGGAACCUGAUGAUCCACAGACUGCACUUCUAGAAAAAAUGAAUCACACGCGUGUCACCACAGACUACUUCAGUAAAGCAAGGCAGAUCAUAACUGCGAGGGAUGGAGCUAUUCCUCACCCUCCUCGAAUGUUUAUCGCUGGUGGUACUGCCAUUCACCUCAACUACACUCCUUCUCGCACUGGAGUUGGUGUUGAUGAUGUUGCUACUGAUUUCAAUAUACUGGAUUUGCAUGUAGUGCUUUCAGAAUUUUUGCUAUGUGACACAAGGGAGAGGAGCAGUUUAUAUGGUGGGGGGUCCAAGAAGAAGGCCGUUGAUCGACCGUCCUCCCAUCCUUCCAUUUGA